AUGAGCAGCAGCCACAGGUGGACGAGGCUGCUCCUAGUGGCCCUGAUUGUACUUUUGCAUCACAGUACCAGUGCCUCGGCCAAACAGGUGACACUGAGACCUCUGGAAUCAGCGGAGAUUCGAGCACUGGAGCACCCGGUUUCCAAGGGGCGAUCGGUGGCCAGUGGCCUCGCUGGAUUUGUCCUGGGCUUGGGAAAGGCCCUAACUGGGGUCUUCAUCUACGAUGUCAUUACGGCCAAUAUCACCGAAUCGGAGGAUACCAAUGCCUCUUCAAACAGCGGUUCCUUUAGGGAAGUCUGCUUCAACACUGGCAGCUCUAAUUCGGAUAUAACCUGCCUAGUUUACUAUGCAAAUAACUAA